GUAAGGGAAAAAUCGUUUCCUUGGUUACACAUUUUGUCAACCAAAUAAAUGUUAUGCUGUGGAGGUGACCAUAAUAAGUCAAUUGAGACCCAGGCUGAGUGCCCCUAGUGGCCGCGGGGCCCUACGCGCAGCACGUGGUCUGCUUAAAGGAAGAGUCGACACUGAGUAUGUGAAGCGAUGAGUGGAAGAGACCUACAUGGCUUUAUAACCAAUUGCCGAACAGAAGAUUUAGAAAAACUGACUCUACGGAUGAAGGAUGGACUUGGAAGCUCAAAGUAUAAACCGGCUGAAUAUGAGAAACUACAUGCCAUAGUUGAUGCCAAACGACUGCAGUCUGCACACAUCGCUCAAAAGGUGAAGAGGACUCUCCGCGCAGCCAAGGAGACCAAAGAGAGCUCCCUACUGAGGCAGCACAGACAGGUGUGGAGUAGAGAGAACAUCAAACUAGCCAAUGCAGGGGAAAAGGCUGAAGCUGAGCUGCAAGGAUUUCUGAGACCAAAUGGUCUGGGAAGUAGAACAGACAAGGGCAUACUCUCUGAGCUGCUGGACCACGAGCUGCUUCUAGAGAGUGAGCUGGAGGCGUUCAGGUGUGCCACUGUGGAGCCCAUCUGGCAGCUGAGGGAUGACUUGCAGUACAGACUGACUGAAGUCCAACACCAGCAGCACCACCAGCCUCCUCAGCUGGCAGACUGGGAGAAGGUACUCCACCAGGUCAACUUUGUGAAGGACCAGCAGGAUGCCAUCAACGAAAAACUUCACACAGAAUAUCUGGCCAUAGAGGAAGACAUCCUGUCCCUGGGAGUGGAGGAGAGUUCUACCAAGACUGCAGACUGUCUGGUUCAGGUAGACCAGGUUCCAGAGGAGGUUUUGUACUUAGACUGCCCCUACCCUGGACUGACAGCCUCCUUGAUCCAGGAGUUCCAAUCCCUGUCUGAGAAGUACCAGUCCAGAUUGCAGAGUGUACAGGACCGCCUACAAGGACUGGAUAGGUUCUGUGGCUGGUUGGCAGAUGACCAUCUGCGCUUCCAGAUGACUGUGAGCCAGUACCCUCAUGACCUGCACAAUCACAGAGCCCUGUACAUGGACAUGCUGCAAAGACUGUUCCCCCACAGAUCCAGACAGGAGCUGAUAAACCACAAGCUGAGCUGGGAUUGGCAGCGCUUCACCCAGACCCAGCUGCGUGUGGUGGCCCAGAGUUGGCAGCGGGACCGGGCUGACCUGCUGUUUAAAGUCCUAGUGACCCUCGAGGAGGCCAGGCAGGCCUACCAGGAGGAGCUGGCCCUCCACACAGACCGCCAGCACCAGCAGGAAAUCUGCUCCCGCCUCAGCGACAAGCUAAAGAAAUGGCGUGCCCAUCAAGAGGAGGUUGCCAGAUUGGAGGCAGCCAUUGCCGGCAGGCAGCAGGAGGAAGAGGAGGACAGACUGAGGAGGGAGCAGGAGAGAGACUCGGCCAUGAGGUCACUGCAGAAGGAAAAAGUGAAGCAGUACUAUGCAGAGAAACAGAGGAGGAGAGAGGAGCUGGAGAGGAGAGAUCAGCAGAGACUGACAGAGCUGAGGAGACUAAUGGCAGAGCAAGCUAAUAGAGAUAAGGAGAGGGUGCAGUUUCGCGAGGAGGCGCUGCUGCAGCGGAGGGAGGAGAGGGAGGCGCAGGCACUCCAGCGCCUAAAAGAGGAAGAGGAGAGAGGCAGUCGUCUAGAGGCCCUGAGAAAUCAGGUGGCAGUGGUGGCAGAGCCAGACCCAGAGAGGAUGAUGGGAGAUACGGAGGCCUGGAGAGGCCGGCUGGCGCAGCAGAGCGGAGAGGAGGAGUUUCGGUUGCACCGUCCCCUAUAUCACCUCAACACGUACACAGACUCUCAGAUUGUGUCUGAUCCAAGAGUGAGGAUUGAACAGGCCCUCCGGGCAGCAGGACUCCACAACACACUGUAUGCUAAGGAGGUUCUCUCUGUAGUCCAGCCACCCAGACCACCUCGACGGGACACUGACUCCAUCGGAUUCAAGUCUUCUACAAAGAGUGUUUAGCCCUAUUCAAUCAAAAUAACUAACGCUAACCAGGUGUCCCGAAUAAGUCAUAAUGUAAAUAACAUUUUCCCUGGCCAGUGACAGAGCAUGUUUGUAUUGAUUUGAAGUUGAAUAGUUUUUUACGCAACUUGGAAACUGGCUGCAGGUACAGGUAAUAUAGAUAAAAUGUUAUAUUUGUCCACAGAUUUUUGUCAGAAUGUCUUCUUUGGGUUACUUCUGUGAUUGUCAAUACAGACCAUGUUGGCUCAACUUUUAACAUA